AAUGACAGUGUUUUAUUCUAACUGUCGUCACGUCGCGUCAUUCUUUCACGUUUUGACUUGCAAGAGAAGCGGACGCGUGCGUGAAGAGAACAAUUUUUGUCCUUUUUGGUGUUUUUUUUAGUAUUUUCUCUGCGAAAUUGAAAUUUUCAUUAAAAUGACGACUGCUGUCAAACAAAUGGCCCUGACUUUACAGGUCAACGAUGUUAAAAAAUCCGUAACAUCUUUUCUGUUUUCAAAAAAAUACGUUAAACGACUCGUCAAGAUCACCGUAUUAAAUAUCAUCCAUAACAGAGUCGACAUACCAGAAAAGGAGUUCGUAACUAGGACCUACGAUAAAGUGCGUUAUAGUAUUUAUCAGCGAAAAUCCCAAAACCCGUUUAUCAGGAUGUUCCAUACGAUCAUGCACGGGGUGGUCGAUGCGAUCGAGAAAGAUUAUCUAAAGAGAGUCAUUAUUACCCUAUAUAAAAAAGGCACCAAAGAGAUCCUGGAAACCUACCUGAUCAUUCUCAAAUACAAUAGAGACGAAAAAAAACAGCUGGCUCGAAAGGAAAAUAUCAAUGUGGAAACGGCCACGGCCGAAUAUUUGGAGACCCUGCACGAGCUCCCGGGACGAAAACAUGCAGAGAGCGCCAUCGAUUUAACCAUCAAUUUGAGUUAUAUUUCGAGCGUCCCCGAGAACUAUGAGCCGCCCUACUUCGAGGCGUCCACGGAGCCGGUGAGAGCCGACUUUUUCGGUGAAAGGUUCCUCAACCUUGGGGCCAUCAGUACCGGAUUUCAUAAAGUCAGCACUCUCGCUAAAGGACGAAAUUUCAGUGACUCCAGAGCGGCCACUCCAAUGUCCACGAGGAUUAUGGACAAGAAUAAUGUACCCGUAGAGGAGAUCGGAACAAUCGAGGAGGAACAAACUGAUGGUGAGGCUGCUUUGAAGAAAAGGCGGGUGAUUGGGAGUCCUGGGUCAGAGAGAAAUGGAUAUGUUACGGCAGAUGAGAUCUCACGCGACGAUUCGUUCAUAUCCAGUGUGGAUUACACCAAUUGCGUGUGCCAAAUGCCCUUGGGGCCACUGUACAAGUUGAUCAGAUGCUCCCGGUGCUCCGCUACGGUCCAUUUGGUGUGUCACUCGUACAUUUCCGAAAAUGACGUGGAUUCGAACGAGUUCGCGUGUCUCCUUUGCUGCCCCGAGCCGGAUCAGAAGGGCAAACAGUUCGAUCAUUUGCUCAAAUGGCGGAUUGUUUUAUACAGUAUUAAAAUGCGAAAGUGUCUUCCGGAUGAAAUGGCGUUGUUCCAGCGGCAAGACAACACGUUUCUGUUAAAACAUUUGAGCGAGGUCGGUAUUAUUACGACGCCGAUGUCCAGUUAUGACGUUAAGAAUUCAGUGGAUUUCGAUAUGGAGCGAACCGAUGCCGAAUUAUUUCGCAUGUUUAAAACCCAAAGCCAGUAUAUGACUUAAUUAUAUGACUUAUGUAGGUAGUUGUGUUAAUUAAUUUAAUGUUUUUUUUUUUAGAAAUGCAAUAAUUCUGUUCAUACUUACUCUUUCAUAAGUAGGUUUAUUAUUUAAUCGUAAGCAUUGUAUAUUGGCAAUAAUAAUAAAAGUACUUUUUUGUAUGAA